UAAAAGCAAGUGAUGUCGUCGCAUCGCAUUAGCUUCAUCCGGCGACUUACCAUAGGCGCCACCCUACUUCUCCUCUUUCUCUCUCUCCUCCCCGUCUCCCUUUCUCUCUCCCCUUACUCCAUCCACAUCGACUGCGGCAGCCACGCCGACUCCACCGACGCCUUCCACACCCCCUGGCUCUCCGACCGCUUUCUACUCCGGCGGCACCACCUCCGUCGUCUCCGAGCCCCUCCACUUCCGCCACCUCCAGGAGAAGACUCUCCGCUUCUUCCCCCUCUCCUCCGGCAAGAAGAACUGCUACUCCAUCCCCACCCCCUCCCCCGCCCGCUUCUACCUCCGCACCUUCACCGUCUACGACAACUUCGCCGGCUCCUCCCACUCUCCUUCCUUCGAUGUUUCCGUCGAGGGCACUCUCGUCUUUUCCUUCCGCUCCCCCUGGCCCCUCUCCGUCUCCCGCUCCGGCGCCUACUCCGACCUCUUCUUCCACCACUCCGACUCCACCGCCGACCUCUGCUUCUGCAGCGUCGCCACCGAUUCCCCCCUCGUUUCGUCAAUUGAGCUCACGAGAAUCGACGACAAUGCCUAUCCUUUCAAUUACGACAGGAAUUCGAGUAAUUACAUUCUGAUUAACUACGACCGAUUCUCCUCCGGCUCCGAUCAAUGGGGCCCCGGAUUCACCAACGACAGCGACGUGUUUGGCCGCUCCUGGCUGUCGGAAUCCGAAUUCAUGCUGAAAUCGGUCUCCAUCACGAACGGAGCGACGGUUAAAGCGAUUUCCGCAAUCAAGGAUGUGGCUAGGGCGGAGACGGCCCCAAUUACUUCCCCCGGAAGCUCUACGCUACGGCGAUGACGGCGUUUGGAGUUGGGGGGGGGGGGGGGCGGCGGGGUGCUGGAGUACGAGCUGCCGGUGGAUGCCAAGCUGGAUUACUUGCUGUGGUUUCACUUCGUGGAGAUUGACGUCAGCGUGACGAGGGCGGGGCAGAGGGUUUUCGAUGUGUUGGUGAAUGGGGAGACUGUGAAGAGGGUGGAUGUUUACAAGGAGGUUGGGGGUUUCGCAGCUUACGAUUUCAGCUUCGUAGUUAGGAAUUUGAGUGCUACUGCGUUGACUGUGAGGCUUGAGCCCGUGGCCGGAGCUCCUGUCAUUUGUGGUUUGGAGAAUUAUGCCAUUGUGCCUGUUGAUCUCCGGACUGCGCCUGAUCAGGGAACUUGAGUUCUAAUUCAUUGGGAGGCAAUUUACCCUCAGGAUUGGGUCAACGGUCGCUGGUGAAACUGGACCCGUCGGCCAACAAGUUUGUAGGUCCUAUACCAGAUAGCCUAACUUCGUCUAGUUUGCAGCUUGCGUAAAUGUUUUUAUACUUUUAUGAGAAAUUUGCAGUGUGUAAGAAAGCCUUUGAAUUCAUUCCUUCAAUGCUAAAACGAUUGUUGAAUGAUAACUUACUGGAAGGAGAAGUUCCGGAGCAACUGUAUUCGGUUGGAGUCCAUGGUGGAGCCAUUGACCUCUCUAGUAAUAAAGGGCUAUGCGGCGUACCUUCUCUUCCGAAAUGUCCGCCCUUUUGGGGGAAAAGUGGCUUAUCGACUGGUGGCAAGAUCGCGAUAGGUCUGUCUUGUCUGCUCAUCGUUUCUUUGAUUGUUCUUGGAUCAUACUAUUUCUGCAUCUGUAGGCGGCGCAGCCACUACGACCUUGGUCUGCCCCACGAAUUAGCAUCACUCUCUGCAAAAAGAAACAGAUAUCAAAGGCAGAAAUCGUUGAUUACUCUCGAAAUGGAAAGCCAACAUGCCAAGGGAUUCCUUCCAACGUACGGUCCGUAGUCAUGAUAUCAUUUCUUCUUGUACAAGAGGACAACCAGAUUUUGGUAGGUAAAUCAGCUCGAUACGAUAUACAAUACGAUGCGAUAAUGUCGCUGAAGAUGGAGGUCGAAAUGCACGAGGCAAGCUCGCAAUUGUGUAUACUUUAUUGGUUCUGGCCAUUUAGUCGACAAGCUUAAAUUUUUUGUUUUUUUUUGAAUAAAUCAAGUCACCAUCCAUUUGUUUGGUCUCUUUAUUCCUGAAAUGGUAUUGUGUUCUUCAACAUUCUUUAAUUUAUUUAACGAAUGACAUUGCAAAUGAA